CAUUCUGACCUUCUCAUGGGGAUCGUCAGGGUCUCUGCUAUCCGGGAUCCUGGGACGUCCAUAUCCCCCAUUGAAGUUGACAUUUUGAAUGGGACACUAGCCCGACAGGGCACUUGCUUAUCCCGCCCUCGGUUUGGCGUUUUCUACAGACAUGCUGUUCCAAUGGGAACCACAGCAAAGGAGGAAAUGAACAAGUUCUGGGCCAAAAACAACAAAUUGAACCGACCCAUGUCGCCACAUAUCACUAUCUAUCAGUGGUCGAUGCCUAUGAUGAUGUCCAUCACACACAGAGGCACAGGAGUGGGACUCAGCGGAGGUAUCUCCGCGUUUGCUCUCUUAGCGUUGGUGUUGCCAGGUAACUACCCAUACUACCUUGACCUGAUCCACUCCCUGUCCAUUGGCCCUGCUCUACUCGGCCUAGCUAAGUUUGGCAUUGCCUUCCCUGUGUCCUACCACACCUUGAACGGAAUCCGCCAUCUGUUCUGGGAUAGCGGUACGGGCUUUAAGAUUCCUGAGGUGUACCGCUCGGGCUAUGUGGUCAUCGCGCUGUCAAUACUGACCUCCAUUGCUGCCAUUGCAUACAUGUGAGCAGGGAAGGAAGGGAAGAGAAAGCGAGGCGGAGGGAGGAGGAGGGGUUGUUUUGUUGAUAUAUUCUGGUCUUUGUGGCACCAACACAGUAAUUGAAUGGAUAAAUAAAUGUCUAAAUAAAUGUCUAACCAAAAAAA